UGGCGGGAAAAAUAGUGUUUGUUUGGGUUGCUAACGAAGCAGACGAUUUGGUUAUUCCGUUGCUAUAAAAAGAAUGAAAAAACGGUGAUUUUUGUCGCAACAAGCUGCUGGAAAUACUUUAUUAUAGAUAUUUAUUUUUAACUCAUAAGUGCGCGAUGCCUCCCUUCGUUAUUUAGAAACAGGAAGCGAUGUAAGUCGUUAGAUAGCAAUUUUGCGUACUAUGCUAUGAUGCACCAACUAUUCCAUUUUUCACGUGUUUGGCGUUUAUACGAGCUCAUCUCCAAGGAUUGUGCAGUUAACACGUAAAGAUGUUUCAAACCGAGUUUUGCGGUCCCGAUUAUAAAUUCAUCGUAUCGUGGGACACGGAGAACGGUCAGAAUUACACUUUCAAGAACGACGUAUUCAGUGAUCAGGAUGUAUUCUAUAAGCUGAACGAACUGUACGGAAAUAUCUCCAAGUACUCUACAGAAUUCGUAGAAUGUGUAAAAAGCGUUCACGGAUCUGCGAACUUGGACCAGUUGCAAAAUUCCAACGUCAGAUUUAAAAUCGAAGAUGUGCAGAAUAAACCAUCGUCGGAGGAUACUUCAUCGCUUUGUCAACGUAUUGAACAAUUGUUACUCGAGAAAGAGCAGUUGAUCGCUGAGCAUGAAACACAAAUCUCCAAGCUACAGAAUGACUGCGAACAAAGACUCAAAGACUUAGUAGACCACCAAGAUGAAGAACUGAGCUCGGUUAAACAAAAAUUAGAGAAGAAGUACAACUCGGAGAUGUCCGAAUUGCGACAGUAUUUCGAGAACAAAUGUACUGAAAGCAUUCGACAUUUUACCGAAGAAAGUUACCAGUGUAGUAGAGAUUCGGAUAGUGAUUCGUAUUCGGAAAUCGAACCCGAUGAUGAGAACUACGAAGCGAUCAGUUCUACCAAAUUCACAGACUCGAAUCUCGACAACUCGACCAAAGAUUUACAAAAACUGCUCGAUAAAGAAUUGAAAAAUAUCCGAAAAGCGUAUCAAUGCGAAGUGGACAAACUAAAGGAACGUUUGAAAAAGAAGAAAGAUGAAGAAAUCCGCGAAAUGAAACGAUCAGUGGAGGCCAAAUUCAUUGGUAAAUUCGAAUCUCUGCAACAUCAAUUGAAUAAUUUGCUGAAUGAGAAAAAUCUCGAAGAUUCCGUCCGUUCGAUUUAUUCUCAAGUUAAACAAGAUUACGUAGACGAGCUCGACAAACUUCAAGAUGUGUCCGAUUCCGAAUUUGUUUCGAAUAUUGAAAACGAUUUAAUCCUGAAACACAACGAAGAGCUGAGUAAACGGGAUCAGGAAUGGAGAGAUCAAAUCGAAUCGUCUCUCACUGAUUUGGCUGUCGAUUCAGCGCUAAGAUCUGUAAUCAAAGAAAACCAGUAUAAAUCGCAAUCCUGCAAUUGUUCGCCUUCGAAAAAAUACAAAAACAAAGAAAUCAAAUUUUUCAAACAAAAGUAUAAAAAAGAAAUGGACGAAAUGAAACAACGCUUCGAAUCAGAGCUAGAAUCGGUUACAUCGACGUUGAAUUCAGAACUUCAAAAAGCCAAUCUCGAAAACAACGCUUUGAUUUGUCAAAACAAAGAAUUACUCCAAAUCAACGAAAAACACAUCGCAGAAAUCAGCUCGCUUAAGAAGCAGCUCGCCGAAAACGUGUACCUGUUGCAGAAUCAGAAUCUUCAAGAAAGCGAUAUCAUCGAUAAGAUUAAAGAAGAGUUAUCUAGAAUGAAGAAUCGCUACGAGACCGAAGUCAAUAGCUUCCGUGACGAUAAAUACGUUCUUGAAAAAACCGUCGACGAGUUGCAAGAGAAAUUACGUGAUAUUGAAAACACUCGACAGAAUAUCAUUUCAUCUUUGUAUUCUGAAAUUAAGGAGUUGACGUCUAAGGGAGGAAACGAAGAGGUGAUUUGGCCCGAAGAAUUGAUCAUGUUCCGUGAACUUUUCCACCGCUGCGAAUCUCACAAUACGACGUUCGAUGAUGGACGGAAUAACGAAGCGUUGAAUGAGAAAACCGUUCCAGACACCACAGACCGCGAAAGUAUCUCAACUGACGACCUGGAAGAAAUCUUAUUACAAAGGGAAACCCUUCGAAAAGUGAUCCUAACGUUGUACAGCGCUUGCGAAGGAUUCCGUAAAUACAUCACAACCCUAGACGACGACCGGAACGCUACCCUUACCGGUGAAUUGAACAAACUGGGCCUGGCUCCUCCCUUGUUACCAAUAAAUCUCACCUUGGAUGACGUCCUGAGCAGUUUGAACGAUACUGAGAAGGAAACCUUGAACAGAAUACAGCGAGCUUCGAACACGCUGGAAAUAACCGGUCUUUUGGGAGACGAAACUGUGACAAAUCUUACUCUGGAUUGUAACAAAACCUUCAACCAAUCUGAGUUGAGUAAUUGGUUUGAAAAACUGAAAAACGACGCCGCUGCCAUAUUAUGUUUAACAUCGGGCAAAAAUAUCGAUCUCGAUGAUAAGAUUAAAACGGAAAUUGGAACCCAGACGGACGAGGCCAGCGUUCAACGCAAAAUUGAGCUUUUGGAAAAUGAAAUGACGGUAUUACAAGAGAAAUAUGCCGAAGCGUUGGACGAUAUCGAAAAACAAACCCGGGAAGUAGCUCGGUUGAAUAAAAAAAUCAGCUGUAUGGAAUCUUUAGAAGGUUACGGAGAAGAUGAAGGUCCAAUCUCCGGAAACAAAUCAUUCGAUACGUCCAAUCGAGUCGAAGAAUUUUGCUCAGAAUGUGAUAAGCUACGCGAAGAAGCCAAACGAGACAAACACGACUUGCAAUCUCAAAUCGAAGCAGCCAGCAAGAAACUGAAAAGCUUAGAGCUAUUCCUGGAACGAGAAACAGCCGAAAGAGAACUCGAACGCGAAGAAUCCGAUAAAAAAGUUCGCGAUUUACACGAUCAACUGAGAGAAAAAGAACGCGAAUUAUCAACGUUGCAAACCUACUCGAAUGAAUUAAACAUGUUGGAGAAACAACUUGGCAAACUUGUCGAAGACUACGAACAGACCAAAGAACGUGAAAAAGAAUUAGAAGAGAAUUUAAACAAAGCUGAGGUUAAAAUCUCGGAAUUCAGAGAAAGCAACGCAGACCUGGAACUGAAACUAGCCCAGAAAUCUGUACUAGCUGAGAAUGCUUCGGUUGAAUUGAACGAAGUCAAGGAGCAAUUAGCUCAAAUCCAACAGGAUUACCAAAGCGUGCGUCUGGAAUUGGAUUCGUUGCAAGAUAACGGCUCCAAGCAGUUGGACUAUUUGCAAGAACAACACGAAAUUAGUUCAGCUAUGAUCAGGCAGAUGAAAAACCAGCUUAUGGAGGUUGAGAAAAUGGUCAUGUGUAGGACCAGGGAGCUGGAGAAUAAUUAUGUGACUGUUAGUUCGAGUACCGUAGCUAGCUCACCUUCGGAGGAUGUAUCGGUUUGCGAUCGUAUUGCUGAUAGAUUGAAUCAGGUGUCACCCAGUGGAUCAGAUAUGCCUGUUGAUUUACUAGUCUGCUUCAACGAAAAGCUAAAGAAACUGUUCAGAGCCGAAGAUGCCGCCCUGAAGAGAAUACAAGAUCACGAAAUGCAGAUCAAUAAAUUAUCGGUGGUUAUCACUGACCUGCAAUUAGAACGAGACACUCUGCAAGAAACGUUGAACGAAACCACCGCUAAACUAUCAGAGGCCAGAAUCGAACUAAACAAUUGGCAACAUCGUUCGAACUCAGCCGAAUCAGAAAUCGUAAUCAAACUCACCGCUACCAUAGAAUCAUUGCAGUGCGAAGUGGACAAAUAUCAGAAACAAAUCUCCUCCAAAGAUACUCAGCUCAACGAUUUAUCCAAAAAAAUCGAGCAUUUGAACAAAUACAUCAAGUCAGCCGAAACCGAAUUCGCAGAAAAAAUACAAAAAUUCCAAACAAUCAACGAAAGGCUACAAAAAGAAGUACACGAAUCGAACGAAGAAAUUUACAAGUUGAACGAAUUAAUCGAAGACCAUCAGAAAGAGCCGCACGAAGACUUGGGCCUGUCCACCAUCGUUGAGCAAUUAUUGCAAGAAAAAAACGAACAAAUCAAUCAACUGCAAGAUAAACUAGAGGUUUUCAAGUCGUUGGCUGAAAUUGGCAAUAAGAGUCAUUCGACCGAGAUCGAUAGUAAAAGUAGCUCUUCGAAACGAGUCAAUUUUACUGAAACGUUGGAAUCGUACGCGGAUAUGUCGGAUCAUACGAGACACGCUGUCGUAUCCGAUGUCUCAUUGUCGCCGAGAUGUAUUUCCAUAUCUUCGUCCAUUAUUAAAAAGCCUUUACUCGGCUCCAGCGCCAGUAACGAGUCUUCGAUUAGCUUAGAACCAAUUAAAGAGAUAGACGAAAUAUUAGUCAGACCAGAUUCAACUUUACGUAAGGAGGUGACUUUCAAAGACGACCUAUUCAGCGCCGACUUGAACGAUAAAAGUUGGACUCUGAAUCAAUCCACUCAUCUGCACAGCGAUGAAGAAUAUACGAGAUUAGAGCAGCAAGUGGCUGAUCUCUCCAAAGAGCUAGAAUCCAAGAAAACCAUCGUAAAUGAUCUAAAACGACAGCUGACUGAAAUAGAAUCGCUCAAAGACGCCGUCAAACAACUUCAAGCUGAAAAACCAUCGAACGAACACUACCUUAAACAAAAAGAUCGUCGUAUAACCGAAUUAACCACUUUAUUGGACUCUGAAAAGAACAAAAUCAAGGAAAUGAAUGAAAAUUACGAAAAGUGGUUCAAGGCUGUGGUCGAUGAAAGAGUCCAGGCUCAAAUUAAAUGCGAAGAAUUCGCCAGACAGAUAGAAAACCUCACCAGGGAACUGGACGAAGAAAGAUCGAAGACUGAAAAAUUAUCCAGGGUGAUUGAAAAACUAACUGAGAGGCAGAUUCAAGAUACCAGCGAGGCAUCAGAAGUGGUGAAAAACGACGAAGAAGUGGGUGUGUUAAGGGGUAGAAUAACACAACUCGAAGAUGCCAUUGAGAAAGCUCAAACUCACGUGAGAGAUUUGCAAAGACGAAAUGAAUAUCUACAGAAAUUCCAAGACGAUGAAAUCGGUCAAGUGACCAAUGCCCUCGGAACCGGCGGUAUUAGUUCGGAAAAUGGCUCUUUAAGCAGUCUAACGCAGCAAGUCCAAAACGAAGUCGAUUUGGCAGCCAUGCUGGACGAAAACAUGAUGCAGAAUUUGGAACUGGGCAUCGUAACCAGCAAAUCGUUCCUCGAAGAGUUACGAAAAUCGUCUCCAAUCAACGACACCGAUCUACACGAUAUCUUGAUCAAAGUAUUGAAAGAAGGAUUCGAGGUUUUGAACGAAGACGAAAAGUCCGUCUUGAGAAACGAAUGGUACGCUUUCGACGACGUCAUCCGCAACCGAUUCGACGCACUGAAUAAAUCAGUCGAAGGUUUAACCGUCUUGUUGGAUACCGAAAGAAGAUUAAACAAAGACGUUUCCGAAAAGAACUACGACCUGCAAUUACAAAUGAAUCGCCUGGUUACCGCUCACGGAUACGCCGAGGACCGUAUAACGUUCCUAGCGGGUAAAAUGAACGAGUACAGAGAUAAAUCAGUGAAAAUGGAGAUCGAAUAUACGACUGAGAAAACCACUCGUAGACAGGUCGAAUUGGCCUUUGAUCAGUACAAGAAACAGGCUGCUGAAAAGAAAGCCACCGAUCAUAAAAAAUCAGAAGAGAUCAUGGAACAGUUGAAUAACACGUACGGAGAGAAUUUGAAACUGAAGCAGGAAUGCGCAGUUCUGAGGAAUAAAAUCGAUUCUUUGAUCGCCGAAUUGAAUUCCGUUAAAGCCAUCACUCAAUAUCACUCGGAUUCCGAAAGCGAACUUUCUCGAUCAUUGAAUCCAUUAAAAGAAAGAAUCGCCGACAUGGAAGAAAAAUACAAUAAAAUGAAAUACGAUUACGAAAAGAAAAAAAUCGAGUUGAGAACGAUUCGUUGUAAUUUGAACCAAGAACGCACCAAUCGUAAGAAUCUGGAAUCUAUCGUCAAAGAGUUAUCGUCUGAAAAGCAUAAAGUCGAGAAACAGCUGAUUGAUAUUAAAAGUAAACUGGAAGAGGUGACGUGGUUGAAGAAAAAAAUAGAAGAUAAAUUAAACGCUGCUGAAACCGCCGAAGUAGCUCGACGUAUCAUAAUUAGUUCUCAAGGCGACGCACAUCGUAAAGAAUUACAGUCUUCGGUCGAAUUGCAGCGUAAGCUUCAGAAAGAAUGUCAAGAGUUCCAGAAAAAUUUUACCAAACUUAUAGAAGAACUCAAUACGUCGCAAGACAACUGCAAACAGAUUGUGUUCGAAGCUCAGAGAAUAUUUUUACGCAUGUUGAAAGCUGAGCACAGCCAACGAUCGUUAAUCUAUCAGAAGAAUUACUUAGUGGUGACCCUUCACGUGUACAAGAAUAGAUGUGAAGAAAUUGCUCGCAGUGCUCGCAGUAUUGUCACCGGAGCUCGAACUUAUUCCAGUCACAUCACACACAAGAUCUCAAUUAAACAGAAGUUCAGAUCGUAUGUAUUAUGCGUGAUAUCGAUUCAACGAAUGAAAUUCCUAAAUAGACGAAGAAUCCAUAGUAAUUGGUUCAAAAUGAAGAACUACUUCAUCUCUCAUGUUCCUGAAAUAGCAGCUCGAAAUGACGAAUGUUUCAGUAUCGAAGCUGUUGGAAGACUGUAGUACGUGUACCUGUGCCUUACCCAGUGCCUUUACCUCGUAUUUUUAGUAUUUAAUAAUUUAUUUUCUUUCUCUUUAAAUUAAUUAAUGAAGUGCCUUUAUCGAAUUCUCUCAAGAGCUCUCUUUUUCUUCGUUUUCCCUAAUCGUUAUUUUUUUUUUUUUUUAGAUGUAACUCGUUUUUUGUAAGGAACUAAAUACCAGGUAUGGAAAUACGCCAUCUUUGGUUAUAGAAAAAAAUUUUCAAGUUCCCAAUUUAUUAAUAAUACCGCCAAUUUACGUUACUUUUUCACCUCAUAUUCAUUUUAAUAUGCAAAAUAGACAUUUUCCCACCAUUUUUUUGAUUCCAUUUCAUUAUAUGACUGAAAUUAAAAAAUCACAUCGCUGUCAAAACUACGAAAUCUAUAACCGAAAAUGGCGUAUUUCCAUACCUGGUAUUUAGUUCCUUAGUUUUUUGUAGGGUAUAAUUUUUUCAAUUUUUUUCUUUUUUUUAUUUGGUAAAAAUACUUACUUU